AUGAGACGACUGUUGCUUGCGGUCUUUUUGGUCAGUCUCAUCAUCAGACUCUUCAAUGCCUUCACAAUUCGAACCUUUUUCCAACCAGACGAAUACUUUCAGGCCUUGGAACCGGCGCACAAGUUGGUAUUUGGUUACGGCUACAUCACCUGGGAGUGGACUCAGCGGCUCCGUUCUGCAUUGCAUCCGCUCAUAUAUGCUGGUGGAUACCAAUUGAUGUACAAAGUGCUACCUCCGUCGAAGGAGGAUUUAGCGGUAGAGAUUGCGCCCAAGCUCGUCAGUUCUGUGAUUGCGGCGCUUGGAGAUACAUACACAUACCGAUUUGCGGCUUCUUAUACUCUCAACGAUGAAGUGGCCAUGGUAGCAUGGAUACUUUCGCUCGCAAGUAGCUGGAAUUGGUAUGUCUCUACACGAUCGUUCUCCAAUAACCUUGAGCUGAUGUUGACCACCAUUGGGCUUUCAUAUUGGCCAUGGCACCGGUUCAAGCUCAUGUCUGUGCUUGUGCUGACAUUCUUUGGUUUCCACAGUUGUCUUGUCAGGCCCACUAACAGUUUGCUCUGGGGUUACUUAGGUGGGCAUCUACUUCUUCGAAACAGAAAUAAUCCUUCGAGAAUCAUACGUCUCAGCGUUCCACUUGGAAUUGUUUUCGGUGUAGUUGUUGGGAUGAGUGCAUUGGUGGACUGGUUUUACUAUGGUGAAUGGACGUUUCCAGCAGUCAACUUCUUGGAGUUCAACGUGGUGAAGAAUCUUCUGGUGUUCUACGGUGCUGCACCGUGGCAUUUCUACCUUCUCCAGGGCUUGCCAUUGAUGCUCAUGGGGUAUUUGCCUAUAUUCUUAAGUUCGCUCUGGUCAAUGCGGUGGUCAUUCCUCAGUGGCCUCACCAUGUUUGUCACUGGGGCGUUUUCUGCCAUUUCUCACAAGGAAUUCCGGUUCCUACAGCCUAUAUACCCCGUAAUGCUUGUUCUUACUGCCGUACAAGCGCAUCGUUGGAGAAACCUGAAGUAUAUGAAAUAUGGAGCAGGGUUGAUUAUUGCGGUGCACAUUUUCGCAGCCUUUUUCUUUACACAAAUUAAUGAGGUUGGGGAAAUUGAUGUGGUGCGCUACCUUAAAAAUACACCAACAGUGCUGUCGGUGGGGUUCCUCACGCCUUGUCACUCGACUCCGUGGCAUAGCAUGCUUCACCGGCGUGAGUUGGUGGAUUCGUCGUGGUUUCUCACAUGCGAGCCUCCAUUACAUUUGGAGCGAGGUAACUCGGAGAAUGUCCGAGAGUACCGAGACGAACUGGAUUGGUUUUUUGACGACCCGGUUGGAUUCUUGGACCAGCGGUUACCUCGGGAUGAUGUCGGGAAAUGGCCAAGUCACAUUGUUAUCUUUGAGCCCAUGGAGACUAUUUUCGACUCAUAUGUAAAUGGAUCUGGGUAUGAGCAAUGCACUCGAUUCUUCAACAGCUAUUUUCAUUGGGACGACAGACGCAGAGGAGACAUGAUAGUGUACUGUGAUACGAGAGUGAAGAAAGAGCAUGAGAGUGGAGAAAUGAACAACACAACAUAA